AUGUCCUUUUCCGACUCCGAACUCGUCGUCGCCGCGGCGCUGGAUGCCGACGUCGCGCCACGGCCGCGCAGUGCGCCGUGCCGCGCGCUGCCCACAUUGGACCUGGACGCGAUGACGGCGGAAGCGGUGGAGCUGUUUCGUAAGGGUCAGCAGCAGGCAGCCCUGGACCUGGCCAUGGACUUCUGCCACCAGGCGGAAGAUCUGCUGGGCGAGCGCCACGCGGUCUACGUGGAUGGCCUGGCCACGGUGGCCGCCCUGGCAGAGCAGAUGGGCUGCAGAACGGAGGCCAGGCAACUUCUGAAGGAGGCCGAAGAGUUGCACCAAGGCAACCAGUUGCAGGAGGAUCCCCUGGAAGAAAGUGCAAACUCAACUUCCAGUAACAGCUUGGAAAGUUGCUCGGAUGAGGCUGCAGCUGAGAAGAUUGAGCAACUGACCUGGGAAAUCCAAGAGCUUUUGAAAGAUGGUCAUCCCGAACUUGCCGCGAAACUUCUGGCAGAUGCUGAAGUUCGGCUCCUCAGUGAAGAUGAAGGGAACGAAACUUUGCAUGGCCUCAAAAGAGCGGCCUUGCACACCUUGUGGGCUGCGGUCUUGGAGGAUAUCGGUGAGAAAGAUAAAGCUGCCAAACUGUAUGAUGAGGCCUUGACCUGUUUGAAACACGAAGAUCAGGAGUUUGAUUCCGUCUCUGAGAUCUCGGAUGACGCCUCACAUCGCAGCACGCGUGAGCUCUUGGAACUGCAUCAACAGCAAAGGCCACUGCCUAUUGCGGAGAAGAUGAAACUGCUGAUGGACCGGGAGAUACCGGGCCCCGAAGUGCCAGCUUCUCAUGAAGUCAAGGCAGAUUUGAAGACUGAAGAGCUUCUGACACCAGGCCCAGAAGCCUUUGAGCCAACAGAACCAAGUACACCUUUUCAGGCACCAGCAGCCAGACAAGUAGAACCCAUGGCACCUAUGGCCUUUGAAGCAUCGGAGACAUUGACAGAAGCCCUUUCCAAGGAAGCAUCUCCCUGCACUCCAGAAGAACCCAAGGCACCUACAGCCUUUCAAACAUCACCCGCCACACCACAAACAACCCUGUCCAAAGCCUACCAAACACCCUAUGCUCCGCCAGAACCCAAGGCACCCAAAACCUCCCAGACAUUAGCAGCUACGCCACCAGAACCAAAGGCACUCAAAACCUUUUCGACAACACCUUCCGCACCACCAGAACCUAAGGCACCAAAAACAUGUCAGACGCCACCACCUACACCACCGCCAGCCAAGACAGGAAGAAAUUCUCACACACCACCAGUGACACCGCCAGACCCCAAGGCCACCAAGGCCCCAGCCCCUAGCAGCACUGUUUCACCCCCAAAACCAUCUAGUACCCCCGAUGCCAAGGAAGUCAAAACGGUUUCCAAGGCAGCGCCAAAGAAGCGGCCGCCCCCCAUGGCACCCAUGGCACCGAAAGUCGGUGCAGUGCGUGUGGGGGGUGGCUUCAAACUGACCCCCAAGGCACCUUCCAAAGCCAAGGCUAAGGUGGCACCAAGAGCCAAGGCCACCGCCCCGCCAGACCCGGUGGAUCCGGAGCCCAGCACGGAGCCGCUGGACCUCAUGACGAGGUUGACAUUCGCGGCGCAGAAAGUCAUGGUCACGGCGGACCAUUUUUUGGGCCUGUCGAAGUUUGAAAAGGCUGCCGACAUUUUGGAAGAGCAGCUGGUGGAAAUCUCGGCCGAAACGUCGCCCCUGCGCAACAGCGACCUGCAUGUGCAGCUGCUGCAGAAAUAUGGAGGCAUCCUCUGGUGGGAUGGGGAUGCGGAAGGUGCCAUUGAUGCCUAUGCAGCGGCAGAUGAAGUUCUGACUGAACGGGCGGAGGCUGAGAAAGACGCAGGACUCUUGCUGCAACGUGCCAAACUGUGGGGAAAGGUGGCCCAAGUACACCGAAAAAGUGGCGACUUGGACGCUGCCGACCGACAUUUGGAAGCUGCCAUGUAUUCACUGGAGCAGCUGAGGGACAAGCCUUCAGGAAGUGAGGCCAAGAGUCAUUCAGUGGCAUUGGAGGAUCUUUUGAGAGAUCUCCAAGCGUCUUUGGGGCAAGUUUGUGUGGAGAAGAAGGAAUAUGGCCGUGCACAAGAGCUGUACUUGAUGGCAUUUUCAUGCGAUGAAAAAAGGUGCGAGACCAUUCGUUCAAACGGGUCCGUCUCUGUUGGGGGAUUUACCUUCCCUGGUGAAGCAGGAUUCCAAGAGCGAAAAGAAGGUGCAGAUGGUGCAGAUGACGAAAAGCACAAGAUUCGCAUCGAAUCCAGAUCCGUGGUGGAUUGCCCUGAGGACAUGAGAUGCGCCAUCGACGGAAAGGUCAUGGUGAACCCUGUUCAGUCUCCCUAUGGCCACUUCUUUGAGAGGAAGACCUUGGAGAAGUGGUUUGCAAACUGCGGAUCGGUUUGUCCGAUCACCCAGAAGAGUUUGCGCCUGGAGGAGUGUCAAGCGGAUCCUGAGAUGAAGAAGAGGAUUGUGAAGUUCCUGAAGGGCCACCAAGUGUCAGUUAGGCAGAUAACCGGCAUUUCCAUUCCAUUUCCAUUCGACCCCUGCCAUGGUCUCUCAAUUCAAUCGGCAGAUCUUUCGUUUGCAACCCAUUCAGAUUGCCAGUUGGCAUCAGUUGGGUGCUACCACCCAUCGAAGCUUUCUACGGGAGCUCACCGAUCGCCUGUUGCUCGGAGAGGCACAGCUGCAACCUCUGCAGCAGACCGAGUGUAUUGGUUUAGCAGACCAAAACUGCCAGGCUCCUUUGAAGCCGGGGUGGUCACGGUGGAGCAGCGCAGCUUCGACGCGCGGCUGGUGCUGGGGCUCUUCGAUGUCGGUGUGGAGGAGCCGGUGAUGCUUUACGCGGCUGACCGUAUUUCGAUGGACACCUCGGGCCGCCCGGCGGCGCCCAACGCGGCGCUGCAGGCAGCGUUGCAGCGCAGCUUCUGCACGGGGCUUGACGUUGCGAAGUUUGGCUUGCUGACCUGA